CCUGUGACCAGCUUAAUCAUAUCCUGACAUUCACAUUGUUACGAUUGUGUUUGUUAAACGAGCCGCUUCCAAUUAGAUUCUAGAUUCUAAAUCUUGAUAUAGAAUCUAGAUAUUUAGAAUCUAUAUAGACUCUAAAUAUAAGUAUAAGAGCACUUUAUGAUGGAAGAUUUUAAAAGUACAGAACAUCCUCAUUUGAGGUACAAUCCUCUACGUGAUGACUGGAUUGUUGUGUCACCUCACAGAGCUAAACGACCUUGGCAAGGGCAAGUGGAGAAACUUGUCCAAGAAGAUAUUCCUCGCCACGAUCCUAAAAAUCCACUUUGCCCUGGAGCGACACGCCCAAACGGACAGGUCAAUCCAGAUUAUACCAACACCUAUGUUUUUGACAAUGAUUUCCCUGCUUUACUCCCUGGAGGACCAGAUCCACCUGCUAGUGAUGAUCCAUUGUUCCAGUCUGCUCCAGCUCAUGGCAAGUGUAGAGUCAUAUGUUUCCACCCUUGGUCUGAUUUGACCUUGCCCUUGAUGGAAGUCAAAGAUAUUCGUGCAGUGGUGGACACCUGGAUAGCAGAAAAUAUUUCUUUAGGAAAACAAUUCGAAUGGGUUCAGCUAUUUGAAAAUCGUGGAGCUGUAAUGGGGUGCUCAAACCCUCACCCACAUUGCCAGGUGUGGUCCUGCUCAUUUCUUCCUAAUGAAGUUGCUGUGAAAGAACGUAUGCAAAAGAACUAUUUGAAAACUCACGGAAAGCCAAUGCUGGUGGAUUACUUGGAAAAAGAACUUAUUAAAAAAGAAAGGCUAGUUUUGGAAUCUGAACAUUGGGUUUGGCUUGUUCCUUACUGGGCAGUUUGGCCUUUUGAAACAAUGCUGCUACCUAGACGCCAUGUCUUAAGACUGGAAGAUCUCAAAGAAGAGGAGAAAGAUGAUUUGAGUCAAAUUAUGAAACAGCUACUUACUGUUUAUGACAAUUUGUUUGAAGUUUCAUUUCCUUAUUGUAUGGGAUGGCAUGGUGCACCCACAGGGAAAUAUUUUAAUGAUGACAUGUCACACUGGCAACUUCAUGCUGUUUUCUAUCCUCCAUUAUUGAGGUCAGCAACGGUUAAGAAAUUCAUGGUGGGAUUUGAAAUGCUGGCUUCGGCUCAAAGAGACAUGACUGCAGAGCAGGCUGCAGAGCGUCUACGAAAUUUGCCUUUGGUGCAUUAUAAGAAAAGUUCUGAGAAAAUAACUAAUGGUAACAGUUAAAAAAUAUCACCCACCAAUAAAGUCAUUUCUUUUUGUUGCAUUUAUAAUGAUUUCAGAAAAUUACAGCCUUUUAAUAAAAGAAAAAACAAAAAUUAGAGUCUACAUACAUUUCCAGAAAUGCUUAUUAUUUGAGACCAAAGUUAAUUAUUGGUUGCUAGUCUUAUAGUGAUAUUUUUUAAAAUUAAUAUGUUUGUUAGUGUGGGCUUGAAGCUCCAUCAAAGAGUAAGGAAGAAAAAGUCUUCUACUUUACUAGAUGUGAUUUUUUUUUGGUCAAUGUUAACAGAAUCAAGUUUGUUCAGUUUUUAGUCUUAGAAACCAUAUUGUGAUAUCAGUUUUUGUGGCAUUGGGUUUGAAUUUUGUAUCAAAGAAUAAGGAAGGAAAUAGUUACUACUUUUUUAGAUGUGAUUUGUUUCUUCUUUUUUUUGUUGUUAAUGUAACCAAGUUGUUUUGCUAUUAUCCUUAUCAUAUUUUUUUUAUGUUUAUGUAAACAAUUUAUUUUCCUUUCUUCCUUUAUGUUCAAUGGUGACUUUAGACAAUAUUGUUUAUAAAAUCUCAUAACUGUAAGGGUUUGAGAAUUGAUUUAAAUAUGCUUUUGGUCUUGUAAUAAUAUUGGGCAUAACAAAUUUUGUUUUCACUGUUAUCAGUUUCAUGUAAUAGAAUUAUAUGCUUAUCUUUAUACUUAUUAUGUUAUGGGAUGAAGAUUUUAAUGAGAUAUUUUUAAACAAUUCUCAAUGACCAUCUUGUUCAAAGACAUCAACCAAUGUUCAUCUUUUGACCAUAUCUUGGGUACCGGUAACAUCAUCUUGUAGUUGGAAAGUAAGACUAUUUUUUAGCCUCUUUCUUCAAUUGGUCUUUACUAUUAGAUUACCCAUAAGGAAAAAAUAAUGAAGGUUGAAGUUAUAAAGUUCCCCUUUCAGACCUGAUGAUGAUACGGUCAUCUAUUAACAAGGGUGUUAUGUGACCAGCACAAUGACCAACUUCUUUCACUUUUCCCCAGCUAAAGCCAAAGCUGGGUGGACUUCCUAAAGUUUCCGAAAUAAAAAAUACCAAACUCCGGACCCCUGGUUUGGAAGCCAAGCGCUUAACCACUCAGCCACCGCACCUCUAUGUUUAUUUUGUACUUCUCUUAUUUUUCUUGUUAGUUUACUUGAUGAAUCUCACGAAGUGGUGCUCACAAGACACUUUUAUCAAAACUUCAUUUCACUAAUUGAUAUUCAUGCAGUAGGUAAUACUUGUGUGUGUGUGUGUGUAUAAUAUUGUUACUCAGAGUGCUCUUGGCAUCUUAUAUUUCAACUCAAGAAAGUUUGAAAGUUUUCACCAUGUCUUUAAAAUGACUUUGCAAAUCGUCAUAUUACGGGUAUUAAUUUAUAUAAAUCUUAUAUUUUAUUCUAUAUACAUGAAAUGUGGUGUUAUUCUAUUAAACAAACUCAAUACGACAAUUUCUUAUAUGCAUUGUUUUUAAACUGUAACAGCAAGAUGUGCUUCCAACUUAAAUCUAUCUUUGUUAUGCUUCAGAAAAUCUUUUUAUAAACAGACAUAUUCGAAUAAGCAAAAUUUAA